AUGAUCUGCCUCUUUAUCAGAAUCUCGUUAUUUUUAGUUCAUACUGCAGUAUCAUUGGACCUCAUAGAUGAAGGAUUAGUUGUACCAACAGUCCCCCCUUCUUCGGUGUCAGUAGAUGAAUUAGAGCGUCAUAUAAAAGCAUCUGUUACUGAUACCAAUCUACAAACAAACUUACUUCGAUUCGGGUUCGAUCCCGAAGUAAUUCCAUACCUUAGCCUGCUACCGGCUGACCAGCCGAUAUUGACAUCGCUGCUAUUCGGUGGCGUGACUGACCGACAAGAUGAGUCCGGGGACCUAUACGACGACGAUGACCAAAUCGCAUUAAUGGCUCUUUUUAGGCCCAGUGCAACAAACUCAUGGCAAUAUCCUGUAUGGCACCGCGAAUCCAUAGAGCGCGCACAAUUAUUAGUCGAAUUCACGACAGCAGAUUUACCCGUAGAGAUUGUUCAAGCUGUUCCUUGUGGAUGGUCCAAUAAAGCCAUAUUCUCUUACAAUCACGGCAUUGCUAGAGACGUUCGGUCCCCGCAGGCAUGUCAGUUCCUUUGUCAGGGACUUGUUGAUCUUGUGAGAUGGAAUCAGUGCAGCGAAGAUACUCGAGAAAACAGCGCUUGGGAUUGGUUCAAGAAUUUAUUUAACAUUUAUAACCCCUAUUCUGCCACUGACGACAAUUCUGCCGCUUCUCAAUGCGCUGGUAUAACGUAUUUUCCUCAUGAGCACACGUGUGUGCUGCAUCGGCAGAUUACCGCGCUAUUUGAAUUAGAGGGCGUUUAUUCUGCGCCCAGUAUUUGCAAAGGGGGAAAGGUCGCAUUGAGUAUAGCAAACUACGGAAAAAGCAAACAAUAUCGCCGUUGCCUGGAGGGAGCAGUCUCGACUGUAAGAUUAUUAGAUGAUGCUUCAAUGUCUGCUUUGCGAACCCGAGUCGAAUGGGGGCAGCUAAAUUACGAUCUCAAUUUAUCGCUGAGCUCCUUGGAAGAGGUUCUACCGACCUUGAGAGUGGUUUGGGGCGUCCUGGGGGAGCCGAGAUUAUUGUUGCAAAAGUCGUUUGCGGUUGAUGAUAUAAGGAGUUGCAUUGUUCUGUGCUCCGCUGACCCGAAUUGCGUUCGUUGGAACUGGGUGGAGAUCAACUCAAGUCAGUGGUGUUAUAAAAGUUCCAAUAUGGGACUAAUUAACCAAGUGGUGGAUAUCGGUAUGAACGACUGGCUAAAAGGUGCCUCAGGACUAAGAGAAUGGGGUGCAGAGGAUUUGUUAGCGUCUAUUCCUUUGGACGCAAUCAGCGAGGCCCAAGCAUUCAGCAUUGACGACGAGGCUUCUGGUGGAGCUUGCGUGUUUGCUGGCUUCAUUGGUGCAUCAGAAUCACUACUGCCCGGAGACAGCACAACACGAACUAUCUGGAGCAGCAUUGACCAUGCGGUUGUCGCCAGUGCGGCGAGUGCUCGCGAGUGUCGAAGGUUUUGCGAGACAAAGACGGACUGCAGGUCCUGGCAAUACACCCCAGAUGACCUUGCUGGCGUCAGCGAAGUUACGGGCUUGCCUGCUACGUGCAGCCUCCAUACUAUGGAGGUCCCUAAGUUAUACCCAGCCAUGGACAACCGGAUCGUGACAGGGUUCAGUCGACUGGACAAUGUCGUUACCACCCAAUUACUGAACUCCGUCGGGGUACCCUUGUGCUGGGAUAAGCUCCCUGCUGUUGGCCCCAUUGUCCCGUACAGCACCACAACUCAGUUAGCCAGCUCUCAGUCGUUGAUGGCUUCGCGGAUUCGACGGUCUCUAGGUGAGGAGCCGGUGUUUAGCAGCCCGGAGGUAUCUGAAAGCACCGAUCAGAGUUCCGACCAGAGUUCUGAUGUUUUAUGCGAUGAGUAUCUUGGUGUGCUAUAUGGCCGAGUUAGUUUCCGAGGCCGGCUUCUUUCAAGUGGCGCAUCUAAUAUGGAGUUGUUGGCCACAGUGGAGGAUUGCGCGCUGUUCUGUAAGAACACAAAGGGUUGUAUUGCUUACAGUCAGGGUGCUUGGGGAGCUUGUUACCUGUUCGAUCGCGUGGAUCAAUUGAUCAGUGAUCAGUUUGUGACAUCUGGCUAUCCGUUCUGUAACUUGAAUUCGUACCCGGAUAUUGCCGCCGCGUUUCCGUCAGAUGGCACCGGUGCAGAUGGCACCGGUGCAGAUGGUACCGGUGGCCAAACUCCAACUGGCUUCCCUAGGUUCCCUAACCCAACGGAGGAACGAAAAUAUGAUACCUGCAGUGGUGCUAGAAUGCAUUUUGCUCACGAAGCUGGAGAUUUUAUUGAACAGAUUAAGUUCAACUUCUCUUCACCCCAGGAAUGCUGGACCUACUGUCGAAAAAAGAGCAGGUGUUUUCAUUCUGUGUUUAUAGACAUCUCAGAUACGGUUUCGGCAGAUGGCACUCAGUAUAUUCCGGGCAAUGAAACGAAUUGUGUUUUGUUCAAGACUGUACAGGACGAGAUUCCAACAUUUGAGCACCGGCAGGCCAUCACAGUGCCCGCCAACUGCGAUACAUACGGAACCUACAUCUACGGCAACGCUGCUGCCGGCGAACUGAAAGGGUCCAGGGUCAACUGGACUGCGUUCGUUUCCAUCAUUGCCGCAAGUGCAACCGGCGCCAUCGCUUUAGGUAUAAUCGUCGCUAACCUGACGAAAAAACCACACAAGGAGGAAACUCCGCUGCUUACUCCGACAUCACCCAGAAUACAAUCUGCCCAACUUAUUGAACAAGAAGAGAAUUGA